CCCGCACGUCCGCUGGGCUCCCACCCUGACGUCACCCCGAGCUUCCAUAUAAGGCCCCGCCCGCGAGCGGCUCGGCGUGCUGGAGCCUCUGUAGCCGAACCCCGACCACGCUGCUGUGCGCCCAAAGCUGUUCAUCGUGCACUAGCGGUCCCAAAAGGUUCAAAGUCCGACAAGAUGGCAACCCUCAAGGACCAGCUGAUUGUGAAUCUCCUUAAGGAAGAACAGGCCCCCCAGAACAAGAUUACUGUUGUUGGGGUUGGUGCUGUUGGCAUGGCUUGUGCCAUCAGUAUCUUAAUGAAGGACUUGGCGGAUGAGCUUGCCCUUGUUGAUGUCAUGGAAGACAAACUGAAGGGAGAGAUGAUGGAUCUCCAGCAUGGCAGCCUUUUCCUUAGAACACCGAAAAUUGUCUCUGGCAAAGACUAUAGCGUGACUGCAAACUCCAAGCUGGUUAUCAUCACAGCGGGGGCCCGUCAGCAAGAGGGAGAGAGUCGGCUCAAUCUGGUCCAGCGCAACGUGAACAUCUUCAAGUUCAUCAUUCCCAACGUGGUGAAAUACAGAGACAGUGUGCGGUCUCCAUAGAAACCCUGCUGCAUGACCUACGUGGCCUGGAAGAUAAGUGGCUUUCCCAAAAACCGAGUCAUCGGGAGUGGUUGCAAUCUGGACUCAGCUCGGUUCCGUUACCUGAUGGGAGAGAGGCUGGGUGUUCACCCACUGAGCUGUCACGGAUGGGUCCUUGGGGAGCAUGGGGACUCCAGUGUGCCUGUGUGGAGUGGCGUGAAUGUCGCUGGUGUCUCCCUGAAGAAUCUGAACCCAGAACUGGGCUCCGAUGCAGACAAGGAACAGUGGAAGGAGGUUCACAAGCAGGUGGUUGACAGGUGA